AUGGAUCUCCCCAUAAUCGAUCUCGAUGUUUUCCUCAACGAGCCGCGCGACUCCGCCGCUUUCCGCGACGAGUGCGAAAAGGCUGCGACCGCCCUCAUCACCUAUGGUGCGCUUGUCCUGCAUGACUCCCGAGUCGCCGAAUCCGACAACACUACUUUCCUCGACUUACUCGAGGACUACUUUGCCCAGCCGACCGAAGAGCUCAAGAAGGAUGAGCGCCCAGAGCUGAGCUACCAGAUCGGCGUCACUCUCGAGGAUACAGAGAAGCCCAAAUGUGCAGUUGACGAGCCCUGCCUGCAGGUCAUCCAGCGCCUGGCGGAAUCUGAGCGCCCUCUCGACAUUACAGCACACGACCCUGACCCAAAGUGCCGUUUCUUCUGGCGCAUGGCCGAGAAUCCGCCGUACGAGACCGAGUUCCCCGGGCUCAACGCCCCUAACGUCGUCCCCGAAGCCCCGCACAUCCGCGAGCGUUGGCCUCCUGCUAUGGACAAGUGGGGAACUUCAAUGAAGCAGGCCGUUACGGGCCUGGCAGAGAUGGCGGCAGUCGGCUUGGGUCUCCCUGCCGACGCUUUCAGCUCUGCUGGCAAGUACGGACCUCACCUUCUCGCACCAACGGCCUCCGACUUGGUCAAGUACGGCAAGCAGGACACCAUUCUCGCUGGCUUCCACACAGACUUGAACUUCCUGACGAUUCACGGUCGCUCUCGGUACCCAGGCCUGCACAUCUGGGCGCGCAACACUGGAAAGAAGAUUGCCGUGAAGAUUCCCGAGGGCAACUACUUGCUCGUCCAGGCCGGAAAGCAAUUGGAGCAUCUGACGGGCGGUCUCAUCAAGGCAGGCUUCCACGAGGUUGUGGUAAAUGAGAAGACCCUCGCCGUGAUUGAGCGCCGCAAAGCUGAACUCCCCGAUCGCCCGCUCGUCCGCAUCUCGUCAACGUUCUUCUGGCACUUGUCAUCAGACCACGAUCUCACUCCUAUUCCUCAACUAUCGGAGCAGGCGCAAAAGGUCAGGGCUGAGCAGUUCAACCUGGGGAGGGACGAGGGCGAAAAGGUCGAGUAUGCGCCCAUGAAGGUGGGACAACAGGUGCAAGAGGAGCUCAAGCACAUUGCUCUAAUGACAUGA